AAAUCUGCCUCGGUUGUGAGAUUUUCCGCUGUUAAGUACUGCAGAUGGUUCCACAGUGGAAGAUGCUAGCGCGCAAAUCGCAAGUCGGAUCACAGAAAUUCGGCCCUCUUCCAGAUAUAAUCUUUGCGCUCGCAGUUUUAUUAUAGAGCAUACAUGCAAUUCAAAUCAGAUUGUACAUGUAACAGUAAACCAAAGAUUUGCCGCCUUCCGGAUAUCCCUCAAAAUACUGACAGAGUGGACGCGAUACUCGAUUUUGGCGCAAUGCUGCACUGCUCAACUUGAUUGUAGAGAAAUCUGACAAAUAUGUCUGUGCCUGACAAUGCAAGAGCUCUUCUGGAAGCGGUCGCACAAAAUGAUUCGGAGAAGAAUACAACCGACGAUCCCGGAACGAACAACGCGCGAACGCUCCUGCCGGAAGUGGAAGAAAGUGCCUUGCCACCGCCUCCGGGAACCUUAUCGAAGCGGCAGAUACUGUGUUGUCGUGUAUCGUUCCUAAAUAUCCUGUUGAUUAGUUUUGGAUUUAUGCUCAAUUUGGGCGCACUGAGCACCGCAUACACUUCGCAAACGGUGGUGUUGCACAGCGUGAAAGAUCAGUAUUUCAAUGCAUCGACUACGUUCGGUUACACAUUAUGGUCCAUUUCUUCAGUUAUUGGAUGCUUUGCGGUGAUAAUUUCGCCGUCAAUAGUUGCAAUAAUUGGGCCGAAGAUUACGUUGGUUGUGGGCGGUGUCUGCACUACACUUUUUGUGGCUUCCUUGAUUAGACCUUUGACCAGUACAACAUAUGUUGCAUCCGUUCUUACAACUUUUGGAACCACAUUUGUCUGGCAAGUCCAAGGGCACUUUAUUGCAGUGAAUUCCACUAAAAAGAGAAUGUCAAGAAACACUGGGAUCUUUCUUGCUCUGUUUCAGUCAAGCCUCGUAUUCAGCAACUUAUUCUACUUUUAUAUGCUGUAUGGGAAACAGACCAUACCGUCCGAGACCAGAAUUACAACAUUCUCAAUACUGACUUGUGCAGCGGCCCUUGGAGUAGUAGUAUUUUCCCUUCUUGCUCAUCCUUGGUGCGAAAAAAUUCCACGUCCCCAAAACUGUACAGUAGCGCCAAAUGAGCAGGCGAAGACGAUACAUUUUACCCCAAAAGAAGCAUUUUAUGCUAUGGUACGCGCUACAAAAACCAAAGAAAUUUUGUUCCUGUUACCGUUGUUCUUUUUCACAGGAAUAGAAGCAAGCUUUUGGAGUGUGUACGCUACAUCGUUAGGUUACACGGAAAAGUUCGGAUCGCUUCAACAAGCCUUGGUUGGUUUGACGAAUGUUUUCGCGGGGGUGGGAGAGAUAGUUGCCGGUAUAUUUAUUGCGUUAACCGGUAAAUGGAUGCACUAUAAUGGACGGCAUGGGAUAUUACUUCUGGGAAUGCUGAUCUAUGCUGUAACUUUCGGACUAACCUUCCUGAAUAUUCCACCAAGGGCAUCAUUAGAAACGACUUCUGAUGUAACUUACAUCGGACCUAAUGCUUAUGUCGCAAUGCUGGUUUCCUUUCUACUUGGUCUCGGAGACGGUAUAUUUAGUGGGCAGAUAAUUGGAUAUUUGGGCAGCAGAUACCGGGACGACUGUAUUACUGUGUUUGCUAUAUACAGCUUCUGGUCGACUCUAGGAAAUACUGCUCAGUUUUCAUGGGCUAUGGUUUUGACGCUGCCGUUCCAGUUGUUGAUUCUGACUAUUUUCGCCGUGGCCGGAACCGUUGGAUUCUGUUACGUGGAAUGUCUUUCCCGACGAAAUCUCAACAACAGAUCUUGACCAAAAGGUUUUAUUCUUUUUAUUCUAUUAAGCAAUGUUAACUUUUGAACAGAGACUGCAUCUUACGUGAUUGCCGAUGGGAAUAAUGUCCAUUUUGCAUUUCAAGCAAGAUCUAUGGAUUUAAAAUAAGUUGUUUUCUAUUGUGAUAUUAUUUAGCCCUUUACUGAAUCAUCGUGAUUAUCAUUUGCACCUUCUUUUCGAUACAUACUUCAAGUACGAGUAUCUAUAUUAACGCAUUUGUACUGUACAUAUGCAAGUCAAGUUGCCAACUUUUCAUCGGUACCAAAUGAGUUGAGCGCAAUUUGUUCGAGCAGUUUCAAUGUAGCGGUCACUAUAUAUAAUAAAACGAACCGA